AUGAAAAAACAAAAUCCUUUUGUUCACAAGAAAGUCAACUCCACUUCGGGCGGUGGUAAAAAAGUCAUUAUAGGGAGUUUUGUGAAUGAAGAUGAUCAUCAGUCGGCAUCAUCACCAUCUGGCGCAACCAUUACAAACAAAACAACAGCGAGUAGUAAAAGAUCAAAUUCAUCAUCAACAAGGGAAGAUCAUAAGAGAAAAAUUGAAACAACCGGAUCGGAACACCAGCAGACUCCUUUCACGUCCUAUCCGUUGAGUAAAAAGAAGAAGGAUUCCGAACAACAACCAAAUGUUGGCCGAAUCACAGAAUCCAUGAUGAGAGCCUCCAUGGUAAAACCCGAAUCGGAUUCAACGUCUUUAUCAAAAACAACAGAAACCUACAUCAAGCCUCUUCCAGCUAACUUUUUUGAUUCAGCACCAUCGGAAUAUGAUCAAAAGAAAAUUCAAGAGGGUUAUAAAGAUUUAACAAAGAGUGGAAAGAGUUCAGGUGUUGGAGCGGAAACAAUUAUAAAAGACAAGGGAUUUGCUAUGAUUGUAAAUUCUGCUGUUAUCAAGAAGAAGAUUGAUAAAUCGACGACAGAUAAGUCAUCCUCCGCUCAUCGACAAACAAAAGCAGAACGAAAUUUGGAAGCACUAGAACAAGAGUUGGACGAAAGAGAAGACGCUGAAGAAAUGAAACGACAAUUAGAAGAAUUUUUGAAAAUUGAAGAAAUUCGUAAACAAACAGAAGCUCUAAUGUCUAGUAGUAAAUCGACCACGAAGAAGGAUUUGAACAACAAGGAAAAUUCUGAAACUAUGGAUGCGAAUGACUCAAAAACAACAAAAGAACAAGAUGAAAGUGAUGACGAACUGGAGAUGAAUUGGAAAUCUAAAUCUCUCAAGAAAAAAUAG